CGGGGGCGCGCAGGGCCGUGGCAGCUUCUCUCGGGAGGGGACUUCAUGCGCGCGGCUUCCUUCUUCCGGCGCGCGGCCGCCCCAUCCCAGGCCCGCAGGGGCGGCGCGCAGGCCUCCGGGCGGGGCGGGCCUCCCGCGGUCUUGGACGCCGGGACCCCAUGCUCUUUGCCCACCCGCCCGCGAGGCCCUAGCCGAGCUUCGCCCUCGGAGCCGCGGCAGGGCCCGAAGACCCCGGCCAGCCCCGACUCCAUGGAGGUUAUCCUGCACAGUGACAGGAGGAACCAAGAACUUUAGGCAAAGCAGCUACUGCAAGGAAAUGUGGACCCCAGGCCUCAGAAGCGUUGACCAAUUCCCUAGGCGUAUUUUUGUGAUAGUUCCUUUCCCAAAUAUCCGUAAAAUGGAGAACGAGAGUUUUACGCCCCUUGUGGAACAGUUCAUGACCAGCCCCUUGGUCACUUGGGUUAAAACGUUUGGACCUCUGGCUGAAGGAAAUGGGACCGACCUGGAUGAAUAUGUGGCUUUGGUGGAUGGGGUAUUCUUAAACCAGGUCAUAAUUCAGAUUGAUCCUAAAUUGGAGAGUCAGAGAGUCAGUAAAAAAGUCAACAAUGAUGCCUCACUUACAAUUCAUAAUCUAUCCAUUUUGGUGAGACAGAUAAAAUUUUAUUACCAGGAGACUUUGCAGCAGUUGAUCAUGAUGUCAUUGCCAAAUGUCUUAGUCAUUGGCAGAAAUCCCUUUUCUGAACAAGGCACAGAAGAAGUUAAAAAGUUGCUUUUACUUUUACUGGGUUGUACAGUUCAGUGUCAGAAAAAAGAAGAAUUUACUGGAAGAAUUCAAGGCUUAAAUUUUGACACAAAAGCAGCAGUUGCUGCACAUAUUCAAGAGGUAAUCAAUAAUCAAGAGAAUGUGUUUGAUCUUCGGUGGAUGGAAGAGACUGAUAUGUCUCAGGAGGAACUAGAACCACUCUUGAAAAAUAUGGCAUUGCAUCUGAAAAGACUUAUAGAUGAAAGAGAUGAACAUUCAGAGACUAUCAUAGAACUCUCUGAAGAGCAAGAUGGUCUUUACUUUCUACCCCAUGCCUCUUCAUCUGUAUAGUCACCCUGUGGUUCUCCAGGCAUGAAGCAAACAGAAAGUUGACAACUGGCAGACGCUAAAGCCAAGAUAAGAAGGCUAGGGAGGAAUUGUAAGGACGAAAAUACUGAAGAGUUAUUGGACUGCAAAGAACUUGAGCAAAUGGAAAUAGAAUUAAAAAGGCUACAACAAGAGAACAUGAACUUGCUUUCGGAUGCUCGUUCUGCAAGAAUGUACCGAGAUGAAUUAGAUGCACUUCAAGAGAAGGCAGUCAGAGUUGAUCAGCUGGAAAGUGAAGUCAGCAGAUAUAAAGAAAGGCUGCAUGAUACUGAAUUUUAUAAGGCAAGAGUUGAGGUAUGAAUUAAAAGAAGACAAGUUUUAUUUGAAACAAAAACCAUGUUGGAGGACCAAUUAGAAGGCACUCGAGCUCGUUCUGAUAAAUUGCGUGAAUUAGAAAAAGAGAAUUUACAACUAAAAGCUAAACUGCAUGUUAUGGAAAUGGAACGUGAUAUGGAUAGAAAAAAGAUAGAAGAAUUAAUGGAAGAAAAUAUGACUUUGGAAAUGGCACAGAAACGGAGUAUGGAUGAAUUACAUCUUGGCUGGCAGCUGGAACAAAUAUACAGAACUAGUUAACUUUCUGAAGUACCACAAAAAUCUUUGGGCCAUGAGGUGAAUGAAUUGACAUCAAGUAGUUUAUUGAAAUUAGAAAUGGAAAACCAGAGUUUGACAAAAACUGUAGAAGAACUUCGGAGUAGUAUAGAUUCUGCAGAAGGUAACACUUCCAAAAUCCUGAAAGUUGAGAAAGAAAAUCAAAGACUAAAUAAAAAGAUGAAAAUAUUAGAACAGGAAAAUGAACAUCUGAAUAAAACUGUGUCUUCGUUAAGGCAGCGCUCCCAGAUAAGUGCUGAAGCAAGGGUGAAAGACAUUGAAAAAGAAAAUAAAAUUCUCCAUGAAUCUAUCAAAGAAACAAGUAGCAAGCUAAGCAAGAUUGAAUUUGAAAAAAGACAAAUUAGAAAAGAAUUGGAACAUUAUAAAGAAAAAGGAGAACGAGCAGAGGAACUUGAAAAUGAGUUACAUCGUCUUGAAAAAGAAAAUGAAUUGUUACAGAAAACGAUAACCAAUUUAAAAACUACUUGUGAAAAAAUUGAGGCCUUGAAACAAGAAAAUUCAGAGCUAGAAAGAGAGAAUAGGAAAUUUUAAAAAGCACUGGAUAGCUUUCAAAACCUUACUUUACAGUUACAAUCCCUAGAAAAAGAGAAUUCCCAACUUGACGAGGAAAACUUAGAACUGCGAAGCAAUGUGGAAUCUUUGAAGUGUGCAAGCAUGAAAAUGGCUCAGCUACAACUAGAAAAUAAAGAACUGGAAAGUGAAAAAGAACAGCUUAAGAAGGGUUUAGAGCUCAUGAAAGCAACUUUUGAGAAAACAGAAUGCUUGGAAGUUAGCUACCAGGGUUUAGAUACCGAAAAUCAAAGGCUACAGAAAGAUCUAGAAAACAGCAAGAAGAAAAUUCAGCAAUUCGAGAAUGAACUUCAAGACUUAGAGAUGGAAAAUCAAACAUUGCAAAAAAACCUAGAAGAGUUAAAAGUAUCUAGCAAAAACCCGGAACAGUUAGAAAAAGAAAAGUCAUUAGAGCAAGAGACUUCUCAACUAGAAAAGGAUAAGAAACAAUUGGAGAAGGAAAAUAAGAGACUCCGACAACAAGCAGCAAUAAAAGAUACUACGUUAGAAGAAAAUAAUGUGAAAAUUGGAAAUUUGGAAAAAGAAAAUAAAACCCUCUUCAAAGAGAUUGGUGUUUAUAAAGAAUCCUACAUUCAUCUGAAAGAAUUAGUGAAAGAGAAUAAGGAACUCAUGAAAAGAGCAUCUAUUGAAAUAAAAACUUUGGUUACAUUACGAGAGUUGCUAAGCCAACUUAAAGGAAAUGUAGAAGAAGAAAAUCGAUAUCUGCUAGAUCAAAUUCAGACAUUAAUGCUACAGAAUGGAAAACUAUUGGAAGGAAAUCUGGAAAGCAAGGAUCUUUUUCAUGUUGAACAAAAACAGUACAUUGAGAAGUUAAAUGAAUUAAGAAGACAAAAGGAGAAAUUAGAAGAAAAAAUAAUGAAUCAAUACAAAUUUUCUGACCCAUCUCCUCCUAGAAGGAGAGGCAACUGGAUUACUCUGAAAAUGAGGAAAUUGAUGACGUCUAAGAAAGAUAUUAAUCAGGAACAUCAGAAAUCUCUAACAUUAACACCUACCUGCUCAGACUCCAGUGAAGGAUUUCUUCAACUCCCUCAUCAAGAUAGUCAAGUCAGUUCUUCAGCAGGUCCAAACUCUUUAGAAGAUGGCCAAACUUUGGGGACCAAGAAAAGAAGCAUGGUUGCACUGAGAAGACUGCCCUUUUUGAGGAAGAGACCGAAGGAUAAAGACAAAAUUGAAGACCUACCAUCGUUCCAUGUAUACUACAUCCUCUGAAGAUGUAAGUCCACAAGAUAUUAGUGAUGAUUCUAGUACAGGAUCAAGAGUUCAUGCUUCAAGACCAGCCAGCUUUGACAGUAGCCGAACAUCCACUAGCAAUAGCAGUAAUAAUGCUUCACUCCAUGAGGUCAAAGGUGCGCUGUAGGUGAAUUUAUUAAUAUGCUCCGUCCAUUGCCAGAUUUAAAAGUGGGAGACUGAUGAAGUUUCUGGAGUAAAGUAUGAAAUCCAAAUCAUGUACUCAUCACAUUGUAAUACAAAUGUAUUUCAAUGUAUACAAAUGUAAAAACAGGAGCAGUUAUUGUGGUUUCCAUAUUUCAUCUUCACAGAUAAAAUUUUUUUAUUAUAAUCUUUACUUCAAAAAUAUAUGUAGGUCCUCAUUUUACUUGUUUGUCUUUGUCAUGAAAAUGGUUGUCCUGAUGCAUGAACAUUGAACACAUUACACAAGUCUUUUAGAGAUACUUAAUAGCUUAAUUUAUCCACAAAUAAGGGGAAUUUUUUUAAACUUGAGAAGACAUUUAUGUGUAACAAGAGCUAAAUGGAUGCAUAUAGCUCAUAUAAAGAAUUAUUUCAAGAUACUUUCCCUUAAUUUUUUAACAAGCAUUCCAACAUAAUAUGUUUAUAUGUAAAUGUCUGGAAGCCUUGACUAGUAUCUUUUUCCUUAAAGGUAUACUGCCUAUUCAGAUUAUAGAAUUGUUUAAUGGAUUAUAAAGGUUGGUUGAAGUAGUUGUUCUCUGUAGUCCAGAAUUGUCAAAUUAUAGUGAAUGCAUUUGUUCUAUUGCUUUUUGUAUCAUAAAAUGAUUUUGUCUCAGUUGUAAUUUUAUCAUUAAUGCUAUAUGACUGUGUUGUAAUGCUCUGAAAAAUCUGAUUUCAAGGAGGGAAAAUGUUUUCAUUUUUAUAGUCAUGUUCUUAUAUCCAUUACAGAAAUGUAGUCUGAAAAUAUAAAGAAGUAUUUUUCUGAUUUGAAAAUUUAAGGAAGUCACAUUUCUAUAAAAUGUUACAUAACAUACACCAAAUCUUGCAUGGCCCACUUUACUCUCUGUGACUAGGAAACCAUGAAAAGGUGGAUUUUUCUAUCUCAAUACUGUAUAUACAUAGUUCACUAUUGCUCAAAAUGAAUCACGAUUCUUAAGGAAUGGCAUAAACUAUAGGUGCUUUUUCCAGAAUUCUCUACAGUUUCUCUAGUCUCUCUCUACUCUCUAAGAGAAUGCUUUUUGCAUUCUCUACAGUUGUGCAACCUUAACUGAUCUUUUAAGGUUAUGUAGCCACCAUACCAACCGUGGAAAGCAGAAGAAAUCAGAUAAUUGAGAUAUUAAGUAAAAAUUAAGUACUACAUAUUUGGUUUUGUAUUUUUACUGGAAUUAUCUAAGUGAAUCAUCAUUUCUCCAUUUGACUUUCCUUAUGUAAGUACCAUUUAAAUUAAAAAAUUUCUUUAAGGUUAUUCAUUUAGGGUAAACAAAGAAGCCCUCAAAUAAAGAAUAAAGACUUCAUAGUGAGGCAGAGAAUUAGCAUUUUUCUUAUUUAAAAGUUUUGAUCUUAACAUUUCUGAAAUAAUUUAAAAUUCAUAUAUAAUCAUGUUUUCAAAAUUGUGAGGUGUUUUAUAAUUAUUUGAACCUGAAUUUUUAAAAAAGUAUUAUUUGUUUAUUUAUUCAUUCAUUCAUUCAUUAAACAUACCAAGUGCUUGUUUUGUAUGUUUAGGCUCUGGAUAAGGUGAUGAAAGCAAAUCUUUGCCCUUAUUAAGCUUAUAAUUUUUGUCAAUUUGACAAAAUAAGAAAGUGGGCUAUGGUAGACUGAAUGAAAGAUUAACAUGGCAUUUCUAAACAAAGCUUGAAAGUCCAUUUGGCUAUUCAUAAAAAUCUAGUCAGUAAAUGUUAUUACUUACAUAGUUUUUAUCUCAUUUCUAUUAUUAAACUCUAAAUGCAUCAUUUUCUCCCAAAGCAAGUACAGAUACUACUGAAAGCAGGCCACAAAGCCACAGCAGUGGAGAAUUUAGCCUGCUUCAUGACCGUGAGGCUUGGUCCAGCAGGGGUAGCAGUCCAAUCCAGCACUUGAAAAGACAAGCCAGAUCAAGUCCAGUGCUCCAGCACAAAAUGCCUGAAACGUUAGAGAGUCGAGCACACCACAAGUUCAACACUGGUUCCCCUGGAAGUGAAGUUGUUACUCUGCAACAGUUUUUAGAAGAAAACAAUAAGCUUACCUCCAUACAGAUAAAGUCCUCAAGUCAAGAAAAUCUUUUAGAUGAAGUAACGAAAACUUUGUCUGUCUCUUCUGACUUUUUGGG